CUGCCGCCGCCGCAGCCUCGAUUCGUCCCCAAAUCCAGACGAGCUCGCGCGCCGCGGCAGCAGCAGCAGCAGCGGCCAUGGUCGGCUCGGCCGCGGACGAGCGGGUGUUCUGCCCGGACUGCCACCGCGCCACGGAGGUGGUCCUCGACCACGCCACCGGCGACACCAUCUGCACCGAGUGCGCGCUCGUCCUCGACGCGCACUUCAUCGACGAGGGCUCCGAGUGGCGCACCUUCAGCGGCGACGCCGGCGGCGGCGGCGACGACCGCGACCCCAGCCGCGUAGGCUCCACGGGCGACCCCUUCCUCGACGCCAAGCUCUCCACCGCCAUCGCCUACUCCAAGAACCCCAACGCCGCCGCCGCAGGCGACAACACCAAAUCCCUACCCAGGAUGUCGGUGCCCUUCGACGCCGCCUCGGCCUCCGACAGGGCCCUCGCCGACGCCUUCCGCGGCAUCGCCGACAUGGCGGACCGCCUCGGCCUCGUCGCCACCAUCCGGGACCAGGCCAAGGACACGUACAAGCGGCUCGACGACGCCAAGGGCUGCCCGCCGCGCGGCCGCGGCAAGGACGCCCUCUACGCCGCCUGCCUCUACAUCGCCUGCCGCAACCUCGGCAUGCCGCGCACCUACAAGGAGCUCGCCUCCGUCACCGCCGACGGCGCCGAGUCCCGCAAGGCCAUCGGCAAGAUGACGACGCACAUCAAGCGGGUCCUCGGCGAGGAGGGCGGCGGCCAGGUGCUCGACAUCGGCGUCGUGCGCUCCGCCGACUACCUGCGCCGCUUCUGCUCCCGCCUCGGCCUCGGCAACCAGGAGGUGCGCGACGCCGGGGAGGCCGUGCGGAGGCUCGAGCAGGGCCUCGACGUGCGCCGCAACCCCGAGUCCAUCGCCGCCGCCGUCAUCUACAUGGUCGUGCAGCGCACCGGCGCCGGUAGGUCCGUCAAGGACGUGGCCGCCGCCACCGGCGUCGCAGAGGGCACCAUCAAGGAGGCGCAAAAGGACCUCACCCCGCACGCCCAGAUGCUCUUCGCCUGAACACUUGCCGGAUGCUCGGUCGGCCGGCCCGCGUCCAUGACAUUAUUAACGCUUUGAUUUCUUGAUUCUUGGCAGGUCCUUGGCACAUGGUUGCCAUGUCCCGUCAUUACGUUUAGUAUGUUCUUUGCAACUACUACGUAUCUUGAGCUCGGACACAUGUCAAGUUUGUGUUGGACUCCGUUUCUGAGUACUGAAUCAUUCGUGAAUGAAUCUGUGCUUGAUUCGAUGCUG